CCUCCCCCAGCUCCGUGCUGGGCCAGGAUCUCCCACAGGGCAGCUGCACUGCUCUCUCUGUCUUCCUCCAGCCACCUCCAGCCCGACCGGAGAGGGACUGGAAAUGAAUGCUACAUAGACAAAAACUAACAUGGUUUUCUGUUAAAAUGAUAGACCACAUAAUGUCUGUUUUGCUGCAAAGGAAAAACUCAGGGGCUGUAAAUUCAUUUAGAGCUGACUAGACGAAGCCUCAUGUGCUCUGGCGUGGAGAACAGGAGGGGUCACUGAUUGAGAUUUGCCAACUCAAGUUCUAUGCUUGCUUUGACGAGAUCAAGUUCUUUAGGUGAAUUUUCCUGGUCUCAAAGAAAGCUUGUGACUGUGGAAAAGCAGGAUAAUGGAACAUUUGGAUUUGAAAUUCAGACUUACAGGCUCCAGAACCACAACACCUACCCCUCAGAGAUGUGCACACUAAUCUGCAAAAUCCAGGAGGACAGCCCAGCACACUGCGCUGGCCUGCAAGCUGGUGAUGUCCUUGCAAACAUCAAUGGUGUGAGCACAGAAGGCUUUACCCACAAACAAGUUGUUGACCUGAUCAGAUCGUCAGGAAACCUGCUAACGAUAGAGACUCUUAAUGGAACAAUGAUUCUCAAAAGAACAGAGCUUGAAGCAAAGCUGCAAGUUUUAAAGCAAACUUUGAAGAAGAAAUGGGUGGAGUUCAGAUCUCUGCAGUUACAGGAACACCGCCUGCUUCAUGGUGAUGCCACUAACUGCCCAAGUUUGGAAAACAUGGACAUAGAUGAAUCAACUUUGUUUGGAAGCCUGCCUGGGCUGGGCCCAGCCCUCCUGGACCGGAAUCGAUUAUCCAGUGAGAGCAGCUGUAAGAGCUGGCUGAGCUCCAUGACCUUGGACAGCGAGGAUGGGUACCAGACAUGUAUCUCUGAGGACUCGAGCAGGGAAGCCUUCAGCCGGCAGACAAGCACAGAUGAUGAGUGCUUUGUCCCCAAGGAUGGGGAUGAUUUUCUGAAGAGGUCUUCUUCGAGGAGGAACCGCAGCAUUAGUACUGCCAGCAGUGGAUCCAUGUCUCCGUUGUGGGAGGGCAAUUUCUCAAGCAUGUUUGGGACCCUGCCCAGGAAAAGCAGAAGGGGAAGUGUCCGGAAACAACUCUUGAAAUUCAUCCCUGGCCUUCACCGUGCUGUGGAAGAGGAAGAGAGUCGCUUUUGAUGGGUUGUGGCACCCUUACGUAUUAGCUUAUUUUGUAAAUAUCUCUAGACUUGAUUAGAUCAACUCCACCCAGCUUGGUGGGAAAGUGCAGAUGGAUUGCAGAACUGACGUGCCAUUUCUUGGCAGUAGUGACCUUUAUUUAAAUUUUCGUAUCAUUAUUUUUGCUUCUUAAAUCAUUUUUCAAACAGAACAGCUCAAAUUAGAAAUAGAUAGUAGAAGGGGAAAGUAAGUAAUAAGUUAGAUAAUAUUACAAAUUAACGCAAGUGCCUGCUCAUUCUAAUGCUUCCAGUGAAUGCAAGAGUAAUAUUUAUUUUCUAGAUUAUCCACGUGAAAAACCAGAACUUUUGGAGUCAUGUGAAUAAGAGAAUAACAGAAUCUAAUCACUUUGGAAUACCUUUUGUAAGUUAAUAGGUAGGUUACAAAACUCUAUGUUUGCUUAAGCUCAGUAGCCUCUGAGAAGGCUUAAGAGUAGGCAAUUUUGAAUGUUUCUGUUCAAAUCUAUGAAGGAUUAUAAACAAAGAUGAUCGCCAGCCAUUUUUUGCAUCCACAGUGACGAUAAAGCAGGAAGUAUAAGAGUUAAUAUGAGGAUUUAAGCUUCACAAGAUCCAUGGAAAAACGUUGUCUGAGAUGGGUGCUGAGGAAGAUUAUAAUAAGGUCUUUUUUAUAGGCAGCCUAAUCAAAAAGGUUUGGAAUGUCAUUCUCACCUGAUUCAACUUUUGUUCUGCUGAACCAUGAUGACAAGUCUAGAACUCUCAAGAUCCUACAGCUUUGUGAUAUUUUUUGAACAAAUGUCUGAAAGUUGAAAAAUUAGAUUCAGGAAAAAGAUUUUCCUCCUGUAGUUUUUCUCACAUUAAUCCUCACUUUAUAUUGUAUGUUCCAAAUAAUUACUGCCUCAGCACUCUUUUGCCUAUUAGUUUUGUCAAUAUCACAUUACUUCUAACCUUUCAAUCACAUUUUUAUUCGAUACCCAUUAAAGUUCAUGAUUUCUCUGUUCUGGUGAUACGGCUGCUCUUUGCCUAUAUUCUAGAGCAGAUGAUCCAGACAAUGUAAUAAAUAGUCCUUACUGAUUUUAAGUUGUGUAUGUGUGUAUGUUUGAGAGAAAUAGAGACAUUUGAUAGUUGCCUGUGAAUGGAACUGCUACACUUACAUAAACUGAGUAAAGAACCAGUUAUUUUGAGUAACAAAAGAGGGGAAGGUAGGAAAGCUUGUGGGGUAAGAAAUAAAUAAAAUAAAAUAUAAAAGAUUUCUAAUGGCACCUACUUUCUAUUAAUUCUUUGAACUCAGAAGCAUCCUGUGGGCUCUGCUUGAGCAUCAUCCCUAUGAAAAGCAAUGUACGGUGUGCUUCACAUGAACAAUAACAAUCCUGUGUACCAUUUACUAGAUGCCUAGUAGGUUAAAGAUGCUUUUCAUGUGAUCUCUGAAAUAACCCUGUAGACAGGUGUUAGGCAUACAGACAAGGAAGCAAGAAUUUGGAGAAACUCCCAUGGUCAGUGGCAGGGCUGAAAUUGGAAGCCGGUUGUAGAUAUUGCAUGGAUAAGGAUAUUGUCUUUGGUAAAUAGGAAAACAAACACAUUUAGGGUGACUUUUUCUCCUGGUCUCCACAAGCAAGUUUUCAGAUAUAGGCAUAUUGAUAACUGCAUGGUUAGCAAUACAUUGAUUUCCAACAAGAGCUUGCAAACCAGUUGUGAUUCAACUGAUAUUGCUUAUUUCUCAUCACAGACUAGAAUCAUGAUGUUAAAGAUCUGCUUGCUUGAAUGCAGCAUUUCCUGUUAAUCCUAUUUUGCCAAGUCCAGGGGAAAUAAAUACCACAUUUGUUUGAGGAAAGAUGACUUUAAACUAUUCUACAAUGUGAACAAGGUUUGGAUUAUUACCACACGUCAUCUCCAUCACUGGUCAUUUGCUUUUCCGGUGGCUUUAUGUGUUAAAUAUGAUGUAAUACUCUUUCUUAGAAUAAACGUCAAACCCAAAAAGGCACAGGGAAGGGACAGAGCAAGUUUCACUGUAGACUGUGAUAAGAAUUAGAGUCAAGGGUUAGAUAUGUUCUGGAAAAAAAGAAAAGCACUUUUUAACCAAAGUACAGGAAGCAAGGGUAUGUCAUGUUUUGUGUGUUCACAAGUUGUAAGAAAACCAGCUGCUGUUUGUGGAAAUGUGGGUAAAUUUCUCACAGCAUAGCUUUUCAAACUUGACCUCAGUGGGGCUUUAGAAGAUUUUAUUUCUCUAAACUUCUCAUGCAUAAUGACUCACUUUGAUGUAAUUUACUGAGAAAAGAAAAAUGAGGUUUCUUUUUUUCCCUAACGUUGUCAAAUAUGUGAUAUUGGUGAAUUACAUUAAUUGACAAUUUGUUUUUAAAGUUCAUUUUUCUACUAUGGCAUUGAAAGCCAAACUUGAAUCUAGUGUGGCUUUGAUAAACCAAAUUUGAAAUAAACUUUUAUUCGUCA